UACCGGCAUCCAUGAUCAACUUUCAAGCUUAGAAAUGAGCCGCAAGGACUAUGCCGCUCUCAAGCGUCUGCUCGCAAAGACCCCAAAGGUUGUUGAGCAGGCUGACUUGGAGCACGAGGCAGAGAUAUGCGAGAAAUUAUAUAGUUUGCCAAAGCAGUUGUGUCGGCUCGAUACGAUUGAGAAUACGGAGAAAGUUGUCCCCGGUUUCGGGCUUGCGCUGGUCAACGCGAUCUCGGCUGCGGCACGUGGCUCUUCCAACAACAAUUUGCUUGGGGCUGUUUGUGAUGCGACCGCCGUUGUCGAAGCCAGCGACGGGAGCCGGAUCCUUGCGAUUGCCCUCCUGCGCGGUGACCUUUUCACCGUGCUGGCGCGCUGCUGCGCCGCGGUCGGAAGGGGAUCCGAGCCCGGCGGCGCCAGCGACAGUGGCAGCAGCGGGUCGACUGGAGCGGGCUCUGACGGCAGCGAUGGGGGCCGCAGCAGCCUGUCGGUCGCGCUGAACAAGCUGGUCGCCUACUUCGAUAUCUACGAGUUCGUGAUGAUGCACCUCGGCCAGGACAUUGAAAAAGCCGUCUGGGCGGAGCUGUAUUGCGCACUGCGGCGCAGCAGCUUCCUGGAGCACGCUGCGGCGGCGCUGCUGCGCACCGCAGCCGACCUCAACAGCAUGCAGCAGCCGGUUGGGAUGCAACAGCAGCAGCAGCCGCAGCAGCAGCAGCACUCUCAGCAACAGGUCGCCAUGUGGCGCCUGCAUGCGGCGGCCGUGGCGCGGUUCCUCAAGUCAACGCUCGACCUGACGCGCCUGUCAGGCCUGUCCUUCGACGAGCUAUGCGCCAGCACCCGCCGCUACCGGCUUGGCGACGUGUAUGGUACGGACCAUGCCGCGGCACAGGCUGCCCACGCGGCCGAGCUGCGGGAGCUCGUGUCGGGGCCCGGCCUGCGGGCGCUGCUACUGGCGUGCCUGUCGUGGGGCUCUCUUGGCGGCGGCGGUGCAGUGUUGUUGAACAUGGGCUGGCCUGCGAAGGCCGCCACCACAACAGAUGUGGCGGGAAAUGACAUUCCCCUACUCUCGCUUCAGGUGGCGACGCGCGUCUUCCAAGCCACCGUGUCGGGCAGGCGAGGCGCAGUGCCGGUCGCGCAGCCGCCGCGCGGGUACGUCAACACGGGUUCGCAGGGCUGUGCUUUGUGGCCACAACAGCAACCGCAGCCGCAGCAAGUGCCGGAGGAGGAAGGCAAACAGCAGCGCGCGGCGGAUGAGCUGAGGUUGCAGUCAGCCGGGGCGUGUGCGGCGGUGGCAGUGUAUUUCGAGCAGGUGCGAUUUGCGCAUUUCUGCAUCACAACCACCCAGGGCGAUCACCCAGCGAGCGUUGAAGAUGCCGCUAUCAGCGGGGAGGACUGGGCCCGCACGGUGCCUGCAGUUCGGCUCCUGGUGCGGCUGCUGCCGGAGGUGGGCACCCGAGGGGCGGUGAGACGGCUGCCAAGGCUGUGGCAGCUGCUGGUGGCAGUCAUGCCUCAGCUGCUGGAGCCGGCAUUGGCGGAGGAGGACGCGACGGGCUUGCUGACGGACGUGGGCCUGUUGCUGCGGCUGCAGCUUGAUUGGCGGGGACGCCUACUGCCACUGGCGCCGCUGCAGCCAAUGCCGGUAGCCGCGGACACCGCGGCAGCACAGCCAUUUGGUCACUGCCCCAGCCUCAGCCUGCGCCUCGCACUGGAGGCGGGCCUGCUGCCGGCCCUGGAGCGGCUGCUUCGCGCGGCGUUCGUGGAGCAGCCGGCGGCAGCAGGCGGGGGCCAGGCGGGUCGUCAGGAGGUGCUGGAGCGGCGCGCCCGGAUCGCGACGUGUGCGGUGGGCUGCUUGCUGCUGACCUCCGGCGUGUUUCCGGCGCUGCUGGCGCACGCGCCUGUGGCGGAGCUGGUGCCGCUGCUGGCAACGCUGGCCCGCGUGCUGCGGCGGCUUGCGGCUGCGGGCGAUGCCCUGCUGUUGCAAGAGUUGCCGCUCUUCGGGAGCGUGGUGCCGACCUCAGCCACCAGCAAGUUACCGCCCGUACACCUAUGGGUCCAGUUGCUCACGGCGCUUGCGCAGCAAGUCAGGGUCCUGUCAGAGUGGGAGGCAUCGGCGCCGCCGCGCCCGCAGCCCCCAGCCAUCCACCUCUGGGUGGACAGCUUCCGCGUAGAUGUGCGGUGGCUGGCGGCGGCGGGCGGCGCGCCGCCGCCUGGCUCGGCGGCGGCGGCGCAGCAGCGGCAGAUGCAGUCGCUAAUGUGCUUGUGGUGGGCGCCGAGUUUGGUUCCGUGGCACUCGGCGUGUUUUUCCGACACGCUGCAUCUUCGCGCCAACGUGGGAGCUAUACUGUUUAUGGAGCUGGAACACGCACUUGAGGCCGUGCAUCUGCAGUGGCGUGUGUGCCGCGCCCGCGCGCAUGCCCUCCUAGGCCACAUCGCUGCGCGCGAGGCGGCCCACCGGGCUGGCAGCAGCAGUGGAGAUGGCGGCGGCACAGGCGACAGCAGCGGUAGGCGGGCAGGCGCGUCUGCGGACGGUUCCCGGACCGCGUCCCAGGCGGUGGCGAGCGCUGCGGUGCACUAUAUGGAGGCCGCAAAGGAAGAGUGGCGCCUCCAUUCCGCCUCAGAUUCCCAGCUGCACGUGCGACGUCUGUGCGAGGCGGCUGCCAAGCUGCUGGCGAGCAAGGCCGUGCUUGCAGCAAAAGAGGCGGAGGCGCGCGAGGAGGCAGAACGCGGAGGGGCCAGCAGCGGUGCUUCUGCCAGCUCUGCCGCUGCCGACAGCGCAGCAGGCGCCGGCAUUGCCACCGAAAGCAGUGGGUGUGGCGGCAGCGGUGGCGGCUUUCGGCGGCCGACGGUUGGCGAGCUGCUGGCGUCCACGGGGACUGCGCUGCUGGACCUGAUCGAGCAGGACAUGCUGUGUGCGGCGCUGGCGUGGCGGGAGCAGCGAGGAGCUGCGCUGGGCUCUGGAGGGAGCGUAGCAGGCGUUGGCCCGUCAGCGCCGCCGGCGCCUUCGCUGCCGCCGCCGCCGCCGCCGUACAUGCUGGUGCCUGUAGCUGCGUGGGCAGUGCUGUACAAGUACGGGGGCUUGGCGCAGCGGCCGGCGAUGGAGUCACUGCUGCUGCCGCUGCAGGAUGAGGACGAGGAGCACGAGGGCGAGGAGGAGGAGGAGGAGGAGGAGGAGGAGCACGAGGGCGAGGAGGAGGAGGAGGAGGAGCAGGAGGAGGAGUGUGCGUGGUUGUGCCCGUUCCUGGAGCCGGCGGAGGCCGCCUCAGAAAAGGUGACGGCGGAGCAGCUGCAGGCGGCGGAGGCGGCGGCGUACCGGCUGCUGCAGUCCGCGCUCGCCGAGCACAGGGAGGAAGCGCAGGUUGCGGAGGCGGCGGCGGCGGGUUUGCAACCGCAGCAGCAGCGAUGUGCGUCAGAUGGCAACGGCCAGGGCGGCCUGGUGGCACCGUGUGACGCGGAGCGGAUGGCGUGCACCCUGUUGCAGAUGGACUUGCAGCGGCGGCAGGCCGCCGCUGCAUCUGCGGGCCCGCGCACCGCAGGCGCUCAGACGGAGGAGCAGGCGGAGGUGGUGGAUGUGAAUGGAAAGGGGGCGGCGGUGGCUCACAGCAAGGUGUGCUGCAACCCGGCAUGCACGAGCCUUGAGGGGCCCAGCGCGCUUAUUGCGCCGGGUUGCGGCAAGACGUGCGCGCGCUGCAAGGCGGUCACGUACUGCUGCGGCGCGUGCCAGCUGAGCCACUGGGGCGCCGCGGGCGGGGGGCACUCGUUGGUGUGCCCCAAGCUGGCGGCGCUACCUGCAGUGUGAAGGUGGCGGUAGUGGGUUCACCAGCUGGGUGUGUAUCUUGAAACGUAUGCAUGGCCUCAUGGCUCAUACAAAACAUUGAGUGUCGGGUUGUGCUCCGGGGCUCGGGGGCGUGAGACUUGGGGGACUGGGUCUGCGCCACUGGCUUUAGACUAUGGCUUGCAAGGGGUCACGUGUGUGUGCAUGUGUGUGUGUGCGCGCGCGCGCGUGUGUGUGUAUGCGUGUGUGUGUGUGUGUGUGUGUUUGAUGUACGGCAACAGGCCAAGUGGGCAAGAUGAGGAGGACUAGGGAGAGAUGAGAUGUGUGUGCCUGACAGACAGCAGACCAGCGCGGUUUCAAGGGCUCAGCGGCGGGCCCCUCAAUACGCCGUGGCCCCGUGCCCUGGGCUCCAAGCCUACGCAGCAACCAUUGCGUGCAAAGGAGUGCAUCCCUGCCCCCCAUGGCGUGGCAGACCGCGUUGGCUGUUGUUGGCUGCUUUAGUAACACCACCUUGACACGACCAUUGGACGCAGAUAACGAAGUAAAAGGUU